AUGCUUACGAGCGACAUACUUCCAAACCAGACCAUAUACAUCAAGAAUCUGAACGAGAAAGUCAAGAAAGAAGAGUUGAAGAGAUCUCUUUAUGCCUUGUUCUCGCAGUAUGGAAGGAUCUUGGACAUUGUUGCGUUGAAAACUGCAAAGCUCCGUGGCCAGGCAUGGGUUGUGUUCAGUGAUGUGACAGCCGCAAGCCAUGCAGUACGGCAGAUGCAGAAUUUCCCUUUUUAUGACAAACCUAUUAGGAUACAAUAUGCUAAAUCACAAUCAGACUGUAUUGCUAAAGCAGAGGGUACAUAUGACAAGAAAAAGAAACAAGAGGAAAAAGCUGAGAGAAAGAAACGUGCUGAAGAAGGUCAGCAGACUGCCACAGCAAAUGGUUCCAGAGCAGACACUAAUGGAGGCCCAUCUGCUGCUCCUCGACCAGGGAAACCGGGUACACAAGAAGUGGUCACAGAGCCCAAUAACAUUCUCUUUGUGCAAAAUCUACCGCCUGAAACAAAUAGCCACACUCUAGAAGAGGCUUUCAAAAAGUUUGAAGGCUACAGAGAAAUUCGUAUGAUCGAAGCAAAGCCGGGUAUUGCCUUUGUAGAAUAUGAAAACGACUCCUGGGCCUUGGCUGCCAUGGAGAGCCUUCAGGGCUUUAAUAUCGCUCCCCAGUAUCCAAUGUUCAUUACGUAUGCUAAAAAAUAA